AUGAACGGGGAAAGCAGAACAGAGGUGCUGGGUCAGACGGACGUCCUCGAGAGCGAGGGCGUGUGCUGCCCUGACUCAGAUACUCGAGCCAGGGGGCGCGGGCCGGCUGCGGGGUGCGGCGGGGGCGGGCAGCGGGUCUGGGUGACGCGCAGGAGGCCGGGGGCGGGAGGUGACGCGCGAGGGGACAACAGCGCCCCGGCCGAGCCGAGCCUGAGAUUUAAAAGUUGGCGGCGCGGGCGGUCAGUUCGGUGGACGCGAAGGCUCGGCCAGGGCACCCGGCUUGGCAGCCCCGAGCAGCCCGCAGGGGCCGAGAUGCUGGGAACUCCCAGACGCCCUGGGGCGUACCCCGGACAGGUGGCCGCGGUGCCCCCUCUGCUGCUGCUGCUGCUCCUGCUUGCCUGCUGCUCGGGCGCCGGCCGAGGUGCUCCAAUAUUACCUCAAGGAUUAUGGUCUGAACAAGAACUUCAAUUGUGGAAUAAGAUAAAUGAUGCAUGUUCAUCUUUUCUGUCCAUUGACUCUCAGCCUCAGGCAUCUACUGCACUGAAGGAGCUUUGCUUUAUGGUGAUGGGGAUUCUACCAAAGCCUCAGGAACAAGAUGAAAAAGAUAAUACUAAAAGGUUCUUAUUUCAUUAUUCGAAGACACAGAAGUUGGGCAAUUCAAAUGUUGUGUCGUCUGUCGUACAUCCGUUGCUGCAGCUCGUUCCACAACUGCAUGAGAGAAGAAUGAAGAGAUUCCAAGUGGACGAAGGAUUCCGAAGUCCUUUCGCAAGUCAAAGGAGAGGAUACUUUUUAUUCAGGGAUGCCAACUAAUUUUCCACAGAAACAAUGUGUGGAAUACAUAAUGUGCUGACAUUUUGUUUUCUUCUCAAAAGCAAUCUUCCAUAAGUUUACUCUGUUGAAAAUUUCUGUGUUGUGAACAUUUUAAAUAAAAGUUAGUUGAGAUUGCAAA